AGCUAGUGGCCCCUUUGGUCCUCGUGUGCGACGUAAAUAUAUCUCUAAACAAGUGAAAAAAAAAAACCGAUAAACAACCAAAUAAACACCUAAAAUCCCCACCCCCUUAAAAACAGCCCCAGCAAAAUCACUCAAGACCCCAACCCACCCCCCAGAUCCACCCCAACAAGUGAGUAAUUACGAGAAAAACAAAAUUUCGAAGCAAUCAAAUAUUGUUUUCAUCAGUGGCAACGACAGAGGUGAAUAUUUCGAGCAGAUAGUGACGUGAAUUUACCACUAAUGAAUUAUUAACAAUCUGAACAGUAUUUAUCAUCGAGGUGGUAAAUUAUUCUGUUGUGACGCUAUUGCAACCCUCCCUCAGACGAACAAGGACAGAUUUAUCUCGUCCUCGUGGUGGAGAAUAAGAAAGAGAUUUUUUUUUCUCACAUUUCUCUCCCACUGGAAUGAAGUGAAAAACCAGUGGAGCACGAGACAACCCCAGGAAGUCGUCUCUAGGUGGAUUUUUUCCACGAGAAUCAAGUGCUGUUUUGAGGUUGUACGAGGGGAUUUUUUUUUUUUAUUAUUUUCAACUCGUGGAGUGGAGUUUUGUGGUGAUGAUGCUCUUGAGGGGGACCUAGGGGAAUCCUUGGACAUCCUGGGGACAAGGGAGGGGAUUGUGAGACGCAACUACCACGUUUUUUGGAAAAUAUAACGCGUGUUGACAAAAAGUCGCAAAAACGGGCUUUUUAACGUCAACGGCGAUGUCUUCGAGCAAGGGUCAGGCUUGCCCCUCGGGUGGUCCUGUCGUGCGCUGUGGACAUCUCCGUAAAUCAGGGUCAUUGAUAUCAGGCCUCAAGCCACUGAAGAAGAAGUACUUUGUACUUCACGGUGACAUACCGGGACAUCCAGCAUGCCUCGAGUACUACGACAACAAGAAAAAAUUUGACAACAGACAGCCACCGAAGAGGAGUAUAGCAAUGAGAAGCUGUUACAAUAUAAAUCGAAGAAGUGAUACAAGACACAAGCACGUCAUUGCCCUCUACACGAAGGACGACUGUUUCUCAUUGAUACUGGACAAUGAUAAGGAGCUUGAGGACUGGCUGACGGCGAUGCUCCUGCUUUGUGGUGAUGUGCCCGAUGGAGAGCAACCAAAACCAACUUUUGAGCACGUGUGGCAGGUGACACUUCAAAAAAAGGGCCUAGGCGAGAGGAAAAAUCUGUAUGGGCCCUACAGACUCUGCCUCACUGAUAAGACACUCAGCCUCAUCAAGGUUGGGGCAGACGACAGCACCGACUGCUUGGAAUUUCCUUUGACAACAAUCAGAAGAUGUGGAUGCAUGGACAGAAUUUUCUACAUGGAGGUUGGAAGAUCAGCUGUGACUGGCGAGGGUGAUUACUGGAUGAAAGCAGAGGACAACAAUAUUGCUCACAACAUGCAUGCAGCUAUCAUGAAUGCAAUGAGUGGAUCUGGUAAUAAAGAGAAGGACGAGGUCCUUCCACAGACUAGAAAGAGAAGUUCGUCGGCUAAUGAGGCGAGCAAACCCAUUGCCUUCAUUCGGAGAAGACCAACUGGUAGUAAACCCCUUGGAUUCUCACCUCUGGAGGAACAAAGUACCACCGAGGAUCAGAGUGGAACAGCAUCUGCCCCUUCACAGAGUUGUAGUCAAUCACAGAGUACCUCUGGCAAUACACUUACGGUUGUUGCGGGGACUAGGAGCCUUGGGACUUACGCCAUCAGCAGCUCAAUUGCAAAUAGACGCCGGCACUCAGUUGCCAGUCAGCCAAUAUCCACAAUAAAUUCCCAAUCGGUUAAUGUAACAACAACUACCCCAACGUUAUCAUCAACAAUCAGCGUUAUAACAACAAGCAACAACAACAACACGAUAACAACAACAACAACAAGUACAACAAUGAUAACCACGACAAAAUUCCAUCAGAGAACCCUGUCGCUGCCCCUUGCCGCUAUUGUUAUCAAUCAAACGCAAUCAUCCAAAAGAUCACUUUUACGCUGUGCAACAGGUCGUGACAGGUGUGACAGUCUGCCAUCCCGUGCGAGGACAUCGUCGGAGGGUCAGCCAGCUCCACUGGUGCUUGGUCAUCCUCGAAAUGCCCACCUGGUGCUCCACUCAACGAGGCCCCACUCGAUGUACGGCAGAGGCCUGUCGUACUCACCCCCAGUCUCAUCGAUGCCAAUAAGUCCAGCCUCUGGUGCUUGCUCAACAGACUCAGCAGGUUCAUCCCUGUCCAUGGACGACGGUGGUGACAACAUGAUCGAGGAGAGCAGCACAAGGUAUGGCCACUCACUGACACCAGACGAGCCAGUAAUUCUCGAGGAGAACAUGGAUGAUUAUGUGCCCUGGUCUAACAGUGGACAGGCAAACAAAUACUCACCGUCACAGCAGAGCUCCUAUGUGGAGAUGUACAGCCCCUGUGGCUCGAGUCCAGGUCGUGGUGGUAGUUUAGGUGGUACAGUUGUUGGUGUUGGUGGUUAUAUGCCAAUGAGUCCAGCAACUGGUUUAACCCACUCAAGAGCUUCAUCACUCGUCGAGGAGUCAACCCUACCAGACGGUUACGUACCAAUGGCACCAGUCGGUGAUGACGGUUACGUAGCGAUGGAGCCCUCAAAUGGCCACAACGGCCACUUCCCCGACGACGUGUCCCAGCAUGGCUCCAGCUGUUCAGUAACCAGUGGUACACCAUCCACUGAUCUCAGAUUAUCGGAUUAUCCACUUGACAAAGUAUCGAGCUUCCUGACACCAUCAGACGAUCUUCCUUUGCGUCCCACUCGUGCCUAUUCAGUGGGCUCACGUCCUGAGCCCUCAAACAGACAUCGAAAAAAUCGCCUGGACAUUGCCCUGCAGGAGUCAUCACGUGUCAGGGCAUUCUCCGUUGGCAGCAGAUCCAAGAGACCCGAAUUGGCUCGAUUAUCCAAUGUCAUAACUUCCAGAUUACCAACAAGUGUUGAAAAUGUCAAUCCCAAUAAAUCCAAUUCAGCCCCAAUGCUGUCCAGCUCCUGGGGUCACAAUUCCGUGGCCAAUGAACGAAUGGAGGACCUUAUGGAGAUGGAUUUCUCGAGGAGCAAUAUACCAACGACGAUAUCAUCGUCACCAUCGAGUUAUUCACAGUCACAUUCACAGUCUUAUUCCACUGCCACUGACACUAGCUCUUACGUGGACAUGUCCCUUGGACAGGCACACACGAGUAAUACUGCCCCUUAUGUAGAUAUGAGUGGUGUUAAUAAGGUUAAUAGAAAUAACAACAACAUUACCACGACAAAUCACAAUCACAAUCAGAAUCAUGUGACAACACCACCACCAGCUGGAUCAAGUGUCAUUCACAAGCCAUCGUUGAAGACGUUGAAGCCGGUCGUUGAGGCUGAGCCCUACAUGAAGAUGAACAGCUCGUUGGAUGACUGGAGAACUGAUAUAAGUCCCAAACAGCCACCAUCACCAAUGCAGGAUGAUUACAUGCAGAUGAAUGGUCCACCAGGUGUGACCAGAACAGCUCCAGUGGACUUACCUCAACCCCGUAAACCGCCGGAAGGUUACGUUGAGAUGGGCCCAUUCAAGGCCCGACCAAGUCUUGAGCAAGACUACAUAAACAUGACGACUGGUGCAAAUCGUCCACGACGACGCCAUCGUCCAGGUAAUCGCAAAGACAAAAAUCGCUCUCAGCCCAUCGCUAUUCAGGCAUCGCAGCAGUCAAAAACCCCGAGCUUUCUGCCCCUGAAUCAAUCACCACCCUCGGAGAGUCUCGUAACACCAACUAGUUCGACAACAAUAUUUCCCUUCUCCUUGAACAGCCCACAAUCACCAAUCAAGCCCUUCGACAAUCCCAAGCAGAUAUCAGAGACGAGCUCAUCAGACUGCUCCCCAGAUCUCUCAAAUUAUCCCGUCAUCACUCCUCUAACAGCCACGUCAGCUCCAAUAACGAUUCAGAAGGAUCUCUCCAAGUUGGAGAGAACUGAGAGGCCUGAGAGGCCUGAGAGGCCUGAGAGGCCUGAAAGGUCUGAGAGGCCUGAAAGGUCUGAGAGGCCUCAGAGUCCCACUAAACCACCCAUCACAACCCUCGCCAACAUUCUAACUCAAAACUCCACCCCGAUAUCAGAAAAUCCCACCGAAAUAGCAACAAUUACCUCCACAGCUCCCAGUCCUCCACCUGUAUCCUCAUCACUUCCUGAUCCCCCUGACACACCCCUGAGUCCAAUAACCAAGAGAUUAACGGACAAUCUGACGAAGAAGAAGCAAUCGAGGAACAGCACUACCUCACCAAUAACAAUAUCACUCUCAAAUUCAUCGAAAGACGAGCCUAGUCCCACAUCCAAACACAAGUCCGAUGCUCCUGACAAUUCUCAGAUGCCCCAGAGUCCUAUUACUAAAAAAUUAUCAGAGCUCUCGGUAUCGAAAUCAAAAUUAGUCGGUCCAUCACCCAAUACCAGUCCCACACCCGGUGGUACUUUGAAAGGUGUUAAAGCGAAUUCACCAAAAAUUCCUGAUGAUGUCCCAACGACAACUUCUACCCUCAUUCCUAGUCCCCUGGACUCGGAGGGCUACGAAAAAUUACAGCCUGGAGUCGGUCUCCUGCAUUAUGCAAGUCUCGAUCUUCCUGAGUCAUCGUCUGUACCUCCUGUAUCACCGAUACCAGUUCAGGAUGGAUUUCGAUAUGCGGAAAUAGAUUUUGCUAAGCUCAAGCAGAAUUAAUGCCGACCUUGGGAGAAUUUUGGGAUUUUGUUCAUUGGAAUGAGCGGAUUAUUUUCAUCGGGGCUGGGAUUUCUCAGGGGACAGCUCAUUCUCGGGAUUGUCACUCCUUUUUUUCACUUUCUCCGUAUCAAUUGUCAUUUCACUGUUUAUUUAUUUAACUGAUCGAUACCUUUUUUAAUAUUAUUAUCAGAUCCAUUGAUUACGUCCAAAGAUGUAGAUCGAAAUUUCUUAUUACCAAAAAAACAUCAUUAGCAUUUUUCUUGUAGAAAUUUCCAAAGCCCAGGAGUCAAUAAACCCAAUAAAGUUUCACCAGUAGAUUUAUUACCUGCGAAUUAUAACGUCAAAUUUAUUAUUUCGCUGGAAAUGAGAGAGUUUCAUCGGCUCUAGUCUCGAACUUCCGGAUAAACUAGCCUAGGUCAAUUGCAAAUGUAAAUGUUAAUCACUGUAAAUAGAGGAAUAAUUGGAUAAUUGUUUUAGAGAAUGGGAAAAAAAAUCGCAAGGCGAUUUUACCAUGGAUUUUUCUUCAUCCGUUUCUAAAAUCUUCUUAGAAAUCGGAUAGGGUAUACGUUGUUAUUUCCUGUCUUUUUUUGGUUUUUUUUUAAGGGAUAAAUAUGAAAACCUACAUGUAUAGAAUGGAUAGAUAAAUUGUUAAUACUUGUUUCUAAUUCAAUGUUUUUCUUCUUUAAUAAUUUUGUGAUGAGAGAGGAAAUAACGGAAUGACUGGAUAUUACGACUCCCAAUUGUCUCCCCGAAUCCCGUGAAUUUUGAUUCCCAGUUGAAAAUUAUAAA